AUGGCCAUGUCACUUAUUCGAGCUUGUCGCAGUUUGGCUCUGUCCACAUGGCUUCUCUCGUUUUGUUUUGUGCAUUUGCUUUGUCUGGACUUCACAGUGGCCGAGAAAGAGGAAUGGUACACGGCCUUCGUUAACAUCAGCUACCUGGACCCGGUUACUUCUGAAAUUAAAACAGAGAAGACGGAAUGCGGGCGCUAUGGCGAGCACUCUCCCAAAAAAGAAGUCAAGGGCUUGUUAUUGAUGCCAUCCUUAUUGCAAGACCGACAGGCUUGCGAUGCCAACACGAAAUUUCCAAUACCCCAUCCAAACAGUCACUGGAUUGCAUUGAUUGCGAGGGGGAAUUGCACAUAUGUGGAAAAAAUCCGACAUGCAGCAAGUCUGAACGCGUCUGCAGUUGUCAUUUUUAAUGUAGGAUCUAGCAAUGCAAACGAGACCAUAACAAUGCCUCAUCAAGGAACAGGUGACGUGGUGGCUAUAAUGAUCCCGGAACCCAGAGGUCGUGAGAUGGUUGCCCUGCUGGAGAAAAACAUCAGGGUCACCAUGCACAUCACCAUAGGAACCAGGAACUUGCAGAAGUUUGUGAGUCGAACAUCUGUGGUGUUCGUCUCCAUCUCCUUCAUCGUGCUCAUGAUCAUCUCGCUGGCCUGGCUGGUCUUUUACUACAUCCAGAGAUUCCGCUACGCCAGUGCACGAGACCGUAGUCAGAGACGCCUGGGAGACGCUGCUAAGAAAGCCAUAAACAAACUGCAAGUACGCACCAUUAGGAAAGGAGACAAGGAAACAGAAUCAGAUUUUGAUAACUGUGCUGUGUGCAUUGAGGGCUACAAGCCAAAUGAUGUAGUUCGGAUAUUACCGUGCAGGCAUGUCUUCCAUAAAAACUGUGUGGAUCCCUGGUUACAGGACCACAGAACAUGCCCCAUGUGUAAGAUGAACAUCCUCAAAGCCCUCGGCAUCCCGCCGAACGCAGACUGCUCCGAUGACACCCCUCCAGACUACGAGAUGUCUGUUGGUGGAACGCCCACAAACCCAGUGACCGGCGCCAGUGAAGUGACAGUCAGUGAAAGUUCAGUGGUGCUGGACCCAGCUAUGCGGAUGCUCGGACUACCGCAGAUCUAUCACGAAGUCGACUCUAUUGAACACCACCACAUUGCAAGCAGUGAACACCAGCCCCCCCUGAGCAGUGACUCGGACACCUCCCUCAUCCUCCCCGCCGAGGUCGGCCUGUCCGACGUGGAGCUUCCCUCAGCGGCACGGCGUGAGGACGUGAAGUCUUGAUCGGUGGAUUUCUGCCGCUAUAGAGAAGACCAGGAAUGGGCUCCUACGGAAUGGGACCGGAGUGGAACAGGUUCCUCCUUAAAAAAUAUAAACAAGCAAUAAGAAAACAGAAACAGCACAAAUGGCACC